UAGGUUUGAAUCAUCAGUCCUAACUGGCAGUCGGGACAGCGCGCGUGUGCCCAUCGCCACGAAAAAAAGUUUAGUUUAAAAAAAAUAUAGAGUUCCAUUUUCAAAAAUGUAUUGUGAUUGGCCAACUUUGGGGCGGUGUUGCUUCUGUAUGCCUUUAAGGCGCGGAAUUCUAACGUUCGGAUACAUUAAUUUAAUAUUCAGUGCGUUUAUGGUGGGAGUGUACAGUUACUCGGUGCACACAGAUUUCGGUUUGUUCGCGAUAUACCAUGGGACGAGCGUGGGCGCGUCCGUGCCUGAAGGAGUCUGUGUCUUCAUCUACUGCGUAGAAAUAAUCUUCACUGCUAUCUUAUUAUAUGGUACACAUAAGAAACUAUUAACGUACAUUAAGAUAUACUACUACUUCGCCGUGACCACGACUGUGGCGUCCUGCCUCGUGCAGAUCAUAGACUUCGCUGUAGCAGUCAGCACCAGAUCAGGAGUCUACAUGAUCUUCGAGGUCCUACCUCUUAUGUUCGCUUCGCUAUCCAUCCAGAUCUACCUCAUCAUCUUAAUAAGGAGUCUGCUAAAGAAGAUGGAGCAGUCAGGUCCUCAUGGCUAUGAGAACCAGCUCCAGCAGAUUGUGUACGAAGGGAAGGUGGAGUCCAAUGGAGUCUAUGACCCUACUGUAGUACCUGUAGACGUAUAGACAUUAAGUAGAUAGUAAGAAAUCAGCCAGUAGUUCUUAAGUUCGCUAAAUACUCAUGUAAAGUCAUUAAGAGGCUAUUUUUUCA